CUUGAAAAUGGCCACAAGCUUUUUUUUAAUUUUUUGGAGCACACGACAACUCCUCUCUCUCCGACCAAAAAAAAAAAAAUUAAAAAAAAAAGAGAAUUCCUCUCUCUCUCUCUCUCUCUAUAUUCCAAGAUGAAAGUCUUGGCCUUGUACUGUUCUACAUCUGUGAAUUGUCUAAAUAUAAAUAAAUAAUGAGAGGCUGAUAAUAAUAAGGACCUGCAGGCUGUAGUUAUGCAAAAGCUCUUUUCUACGUUUCUCGAACAGUUGAGCUGCCAAGUUUAGACCUUUUUUUUGUUGUUAAACCCUCCUGGCUUUUAUUUGAAAAGCGGAUUUGGGUUUGUUGUUUGGCUGGUUAGUUUGGGUUUUGUGCAGAGUUGGAAUUGAAGGCAUUGAUGGUUUUUUCUGCUUCACAUUCCGUGUUCAUUAUCUGCAGAGAUGCAGCUGGAAUCGCAGGGAACAUAUUUGCUUUUGGGCUGUUUCUUUCACCAAUACACACAUAUAGAAGAAUCAUCAGAAACCGUUCAACUGAAGAGUUCUCAGGGCUACCAUACAUAUAUGCCCUUUUGAACUGCUUGAUCUGCACAUGGUAUGGAUCGCCUCUUGUAUCUUCUGAUAAUUUAUUGAUCAUGACGGUGAAUUCAGCUGGUGCAGUGUUUCAAUUAGUCUACAUAGCCCUCUUCAUAAUAUAUGCUGAGAAAUCGAAAAAGGUGAGGAUGCUGGGAUUUCUGUUGGCAGAUUUUGGUCUAUUUGCAAUCAUAGUUUUUGGGAGCUUGCAAAUGACUGACCUUGUUAUGCGCCAGCUGAUUGUUGGACUGCUUAGUUGUGUUUCUCUCAUAUCAAUGUUUGCUUCUCCCAUGUUUAUAAUUAACUUGGUGAUCCGGACAAAGAGUGUCGAAUUUAUGCCAUUUUAUCUCUCCCUUUCUACCUUCCUAAUGAGCACGUCAUUCUUUCUUUAUGGAAUUUUUAAUUACGAUCUCUUCAUUUAUGUUCCAAAUGGCAUAGGAACCAUUUUGGGGAUUGUACAAUUAGCUUUGUACUUUUACUAUAAGGAUUCAUCUAAAGAAGACUCCAGAGAACCGUUGAUAGCUCCAUAUCCAUAAGUUUUGCCAACAAGAAAUGUGCACAUGUUUUGUCUUUGAAUAGGUAAGAGAAGAUGUUAUCUUGACAUAACAAGGCAAGAAGGCAGAAGCAAAGAGUGGUGCUUCCAACUCGAAAACUAAAAUCAUGUUCUUCAGCCUGUCAAGCUCCUCUGUGCCAGUGAUCCCCCUCCCUCUCCCUCUCCCUCUCCCCUCCAUCUUCAGUUGUCUACAUGUGAAAGUGCAUCUCGUGUAUCAUAGAUAUUUAGAAAGGGUUAUUGGUCAAAUUUUUCCUCGAUUCAUCUGUAGCAUUCAUGAAUUGGUAUGAGUUCAACAAAGUAAUUGUUUAAGAUCAUCAAAUCAACUUCUGGUCUUUCGUCAAGUUGAAACCUCUAAAGCCUUUUUAUAUGGCUUAGCAGCUUCACUAUGGGUAUCGAUCAAGGAAUAGAACCAAGUGAGGUCAAGGUCCAGAUAUGAAACCCACCCUGCAUGAUUCGUGCAAUCAAUAAAGUGCUGUGGUAUCGAUUUCACUGUCCUUUCUCAGGUUAUUUGUUUAUGUAAGUUGUGAUUGUGCCUACCUCAUGCAAUAUAAUCUUCUCGUGUUUCUAUUUCAUAUUCUUGUAGGGAAUGCAAGAAAAUUCAAUUGUCUUCUGAAUUCUAAAAUUUCUUGCAUGAUAACAUAAAUGUGUAACGUGUUAAAUUGGCAAAUUAAGUGAGAACAGAUCGUCUAGCCUCCUAGGUGCACAUUGAAUAUGUUUCUGG